AUGGAGCUGAGGACCGGUGUUUCCAAACAGGACAUUCGCGAACAGAUCUGGGACUACAUGGAAUCACGAAACUUAGCGGAUUUUCCCCGGCCUGUUCAUCACAGGAUUCCCAACUUCAAGGGCUCUUAUCUGGCUUGCCAAAACAUCAGAGACCUAGAAGUUUUUGCCAGAACACGGGAAGUUAAAGUGGACCCCGACAAACCGCUGGAAGGCAUCCGGCUGCUGGCGCUGCAGAGCAAAAAAACAUUGUUGGUGCCAACACCACGGCUGAGAACGGGGUUAUUUAAUAAGAUCACGCCGCCGCCCGGCGCAACGAAGGACGUCUUGAGAAAAUGCGCCACCUCUCAGGGCGUGCGCAACUACAGCACCCCCGUGGGCUUGGAUUCCAGGGUCCUUGUGGACUUGGUGGUGGUGGGGUCCGUUGCCGUUUCUGAAAAAGGUUGGAGAAUUGGGAAGGGAGAAGGUUAUGCUGAUCUGGAAUAUGCCAUGAUGGUGUCGAUGGGAGCGGUCGGCCCGGAGACACCAGUGGUCACCAUCGUCCACGACUGCCAGGUCAUCGACAUACCUGAAGCGCUGCUCGAGGACCACGACCUCACCGUGGACUACAUUCUCACUCCGACGAGAGUCAUUGCCACAGGGUGUGAGCGCCCAAAGCCAACGGGAAUCUUAUGGUCCAAGAUCAGCUGGGAGGUGAUGGGGAAAAUCCCAGUACUCCAAAGCCUUCGUCACCGAGAGAAGCAGGCUGGGAAAGACGUCACCCUCCGGGACGAGCCCCGGCGCCUCCUGGGAGCCAGCAGCCAGCAGCCAGCUCACCUGAGCGCCGUCCGGGGGCCCCGGGACCCACCCCUGCCAGAACCCUGCCCUGCGCAGGGGGAGGACGGGCCCACUGGCACCGUUUGCGUCGGGAACCUUCCCCGGGACGCCCGAGUGAGCGAGCUGAAGAGAGCCCUCCGAGAACUCGGAGCGGUCCCCCAGAGGCUCACUUGGCAGGGGCCCCGGGGCAGGGCCCUCCUGCAUUACCAGGCCCCGGCCUCCGCCCAGCAGGCCGUCUCCCGCUUGCAGGGCUUGCGCUUGGGGGCGGCCACCGUGACGGUGGCACUGGCCAGGCGGCAGAGGGCCAGCGACCUGCCGGGCGGCCGCGUGCAGGAGCCACAGCCUGACUGUCGCCCGGCCGUCGCCGACCUGUGA